AUGCCCGCGGCGCGCGCCAUGCAGGCGGGGCUGCUCUUGGCGAUCCUGGGGUCUGCGCGUGCGACGUGCUUGAAGCCUGGCUACGACAUGGGUGACAGCGCCAACAGCUGCGGCUACGCGACCGAGGUGAAGGUCUUCGCCGGGCCGGGCUACGACUUCUCCGCUCACUCCUGGAUCGCAAGCAAGGGCAUCUCGACCGAGGCCGUCGGAGCCGCGGACGAGCUCGACUCCGCCACUGACUGCCAGGCCCUGUGUCUCGACGCAGGGGCCGACUAUUUCGCAUACGAUCCCGCCGCGCUGUGCGUCUGCAAGGCGGAGUAUACAGACGCUUCUUGCUACCCACUCUACGCCCCCUACGAAGCAAGCAGCGCCAUGGUCGCAGGCCCGACUUCAUGCGGGACAUGCUUCCGAGUGGACCAUGACAUGGGCGCCGACUUCAACGGCUGCGGCUACGCGCCCGAGGUGAAGAUCUUCGGCGGGCCUGGCUACAACUUCUCCGCUCACUCCUGGAUCGCAAGCAAGGGCAUCACGACCGAGGCCGUCGGAGCCGCGGACGAGCUCGACUCCGCCACGGACUGCCAGGCCCUGUGCCUCGGCGCCGGGGCCGACUACUUCGCCUACGAGCCUGGCCAGCUCUGCGUCUGCAAGGAUGGAUAUUCGGAUGCGAAUUGCAUUCUCUACGGUCUGAACGCUGGCGCCCCGGACAUCACAUCGGGCCCGACGCAGUGCCCUGGAUGCAUCAUGGACGGGCACGACACUGGUGGCUCGGAAAACGUCUGCGGUUAUGCUGUCGAGGUGAAAAUCGUUGCAACCACCGGCUAUGAUUUCAGCGAGCCGUCCUGGAUCGCGACCAAGGGCAUCCCGACAGCGCACGCGGACAACCUCAGGACGCCGUAUGAUUGCAGGAUGCUCUGCUUGAACGAGACCGGCUGCGCCUUCUUCGCUUUCGAUGCAUUGAAGCAGCCGGGUAAGGGCUUCUGCGUCCUCAAGCAGUCGUAUGACCACCCGUCAUGCGCGCCACAGUUUCAGGAGGAUGAAGACAUUGCUUCGGGCCCGGCCUAUUGCGGAAGCACAGACUCGUGCGGGAUUCUCAAAUCGUAUUACACUGUGGACUCGUGCUGUGCCGCCAGUACUACAUCUGCCGACAGCGGCGUCACGUCGUCAGAGACCACGUCAUCAGAAAAUCCCAACGAAGCUUCGUCCGCCUGGGGGUCCUCUACUUUCCCAGUCACCACGGCAGUUCUCUUAUGUUUGGUUUACGGGGUGAGUUGCGUUUCCAAGAAGCUCCCGUGA